CUCGGACCACCGUUCUGUUAGUGACGCCCUCAGAAACUGUUGAAGGCUCUUCAGUGACUCUGACCUGCAGCAGUGAUGCUAAUCCAGCAGCUAAAUACAACAUUUACAGGGUGAAUGAAGGUCAACAUGGUCAACUUCUCAGAACAGAAAUACAAUCAGUCUUCAGCUCCAUCCAGGUCUCUGAUACUGGGAGGUAUUACUGUACAGCUGGAAAUGACCUGGGAAGCCAAACGUCUCCAAGUAUCGAUAUUAAUGUGAAAUAUGCUCCCAGAUCUCCUUCAGUGUCACUGAGUCCUUCUGGUGACAUCAUGAAGGGCAGCUCAGUGACUCUGACAUGUAGCAGUGAUGCUAACCCAGCAGCUAACUACAGCUGGAGGAAGAACAACAACCAUUCAGUUGUCAGUAAAGACCAACAGUUUGUCCUCAGCUCCAUCCUGUCCUCAGACUCUGGACAGUAUUACUGCACAGCUCAGAACGAGCUGGGAGAGAAAACGUCUGGACCCGUCUCUGUGCAGGUCACAUGUCAAUCAAUGUCAUCGAUCACCAGUAGGUUGGCUCUGUUGAUCCUGAUCUCUAUGCUUGUCCAGAUUACUACUUUAAGAACCAUGAAAGCUAUGAAAAAACCCACAAAACUAUCUGACCCUGAAGAAAUGAUGGAGAUGAGAAAUGUUAUUGAGAUCACAUAGUGAGUAUGGAUUGAUCAGUCAUUGAUGAGUCAUUGAUCAGUCACUGAUCUGUAAUGAACCAAUCUGNUUUUGGUGCAUUGUUGUCAUUCAAUUACUGUACAAAAAAAAAAAAAAAGACUCGGACAGAGAAGCUAGAAAUAUCCACUGCUGGAUUUCACCAAAAUUAAGGUAAAAACAUUUAUUUGCAAAAAUAUAACCAUCAAAAAAUAACAAAGAAAGAGAGAAUGCUGUUUGUACAUAUUGAGUCUCUGAGUUAUAAAGACUUCAAAUAGUGAGAACAAUUGUAAGCUGUUAUGAAAUGUUAAAGAAUCAAGCCAAUACCAGCUUGUGCUGCUUAUAGAAGCUGAAAGGUCAGAGGUCAGCCCUCUGUCAUUCAGACUCCUUGGAUGCAGCUGCUUCAGUUCACAUCCAGCAGAGGCCACAGAGAGGAUUCACCUGGCACCAGUCAAGGUCAACCAUGGAGGAGUCAUGAACCCAGUUGACCACGACUCGUAACCAAGGAGACGGUUGGAGUGAAACCAGAAGGAGCAGAGAGGAAGUCCAUAUAAGGUUGUAACAGAGGGAGCAUCAAAACCUCCUCCUUCCUGCAGAGACUGAACUCUUCUAUGUUAUUUUAAUAUAUUCAUAUGUAAUCCCUCAUUAUGUGUUGAUCAUGUUUAUCUCUAAGUAUAAAAGCUUAGAACGUUGAUAAAAAUAUGGUUUUGUUGGUGUUGCUGGAAUAAGAGUUUGUUGAAAGUGUUGCUGUUUUUUAUCUGCUUUUUGCUUUUAAUAAAUCUUCAUUUUUCUUUUCAUAA